AUGCCGACCUACAUUGUUACCUGCAAGGACGAUGCCACUCCUGAACAAGUUGCGGCUGCGAAGAAGCACGCCACUGACCAGGGCGGCAAGAUCGGCCACGAAUAUGCCUUGAUCAAGGGCUUCUCCGUCACCUUCCCCGAGGACUCGGUUGCUACGCUCGAGAAGCACGAGCACGUCAAGGCUGUUGAGAAGGACCAGGAGCAAUUCUGCAUCGGAGCUCGAGAGGUAGCGGGCAAUGCCGAUAUGAGACCUCUCGCCUGGCCUUCGCGGCCGUUCAAGCUCAUCACGAGACCAGUUUCGUCCUCUCGACGGCUGCUGUCUUCGGCGCACGCACAAGCACAGCACAAGCAUCACCAGAGCAAAUCGAGGCCCCAUCGCCAUGGCUCAGCGGCACAGGAAAGCUUCGAGGACGACGUCCCCCGACUGGCAAAGCAGCGCCUGCACCCAUUGAGUCUGGCGGAUCUUGUCAGACAUGGCCGUCCACCGUUGAACGCCGAGGCCCUGCUCCAGUCGGCCAACUUUUCCCUCUCCCUCAUUCCCAUCCGCCUCGCAAAGCGCCUCCAGGCCCUGCGCAACCUCCCCUACAUAGUCGUCUCCAACCCGCACAUAUCCAAGAUCUACAACAACUACCAACACAGCCUGUCCACCCUCCUGCCGUGGCGCGAGCGCACCAUCUCCACCCUCGACGACGAGAUCGCCUUCACCGAGGUCCUGGCCGAGCUCGUGGCCACGCACCAGGACACCAUCCCGGUCCUCGCCCAGGGCUUCCUCGAGUGCCGGCGCUAUAUCAACCCCAACGACGUCACCGCCUUCCUCGACGAGCACCUGCGCGCCCGCAUCGGCACCCGCCUCAUCGCCGAGCAGCACAUCGCCCUGCACUUCAGCAGCAAGCCCUUCUUCAGCCCCGAGGACAGCCCGACGCCCUGCCCGGAGCACCCGACCUACAUCGGCGUCAUCGACACGGCCCUGCGGCCCGCGCAGACGAUCGACUCGUGCGGCGGCUUCGUGGCCGACAUCUGCGAGCUGAAAUACGGCGUGCGCCCGCGCUGGGUCAUCGACGGCGAGCCCGACACGACCUUUGCCUUUGUGCCCAUGCACCUCGAGUACAUCGUCACCGAGCUGCUCAAGAACGCCUUCCGCGCCGUCGUCGAGAACAAGAUGCACGAGGAGCCCGUCGUCAUCACCAUCGCGCCGGAGCCGCCCGACGCCGUCCUGCGCCGCGACGAAGGGCCCGUCAAGCUGGACCUGCCGUCCGAGGACCGCGGCGCCUUCCAGAGCGGCCGCAUACGGCCGCUCGACGACAACGCGCCGGGCGUGACGAUCCGCAUCCGCGACCGCGGCGGCGGAAUCAGCCCCGAGGUGCUGCCGAGCGUCUGGUCGUACUCGUUCACCACCUUCUCGGAGCACGACGAGGACGCCUCCGGGGGCGACGGGCUCAACGUCAUCGCGAGCGCGAGCAACGGCCAGAGCUCCAUCGCGGGGCUGGGCUACGGGCUGCCGCUGAGCCGGGCCUACGCCGAGUACUUUGGCGGCGGGAUCGCCGUGCAGAGCCUGUACGGCUGGGGCACGGACGUGUACCUGCGUCUCAAGGGCGUGGGCAAGAUCGAGUGA